UCUGCCUCAUUUUUCCAGAAGGAACGCGGCGGACGGGUCGGAGCGAGGCGAUUGUGACCGACUCAUAACGGAGCCUCGGAGCGGCGGAGACCGCGGCUACAGCGGGGCGAGCCGGCACCAACUGCCCGCAGGAACCAGCGGAAACCGGUUCUGACAGCUGCAGCGUACGUGCUCUGCCACACCGGCUAGCAUCCGGCCGCCCUGGGCUUGAAGUCCGGACGGCGUCGGCCUCUUCUCCCUCCCCCCCACCACCACCACCCCGGAGCUCCGCAGCACUUGGCGGGGGUUUGUUCUCCAUCGGCCGGCUUUGCUCGCUCUGUGCCUCGGCUGGACCGUGCUAGCAUUACCUGCAUGACGGCGGUUUUUGGGAAGCUGCCGGAGCGGAGACGGACCUUCGGGAUCGGAAACAGUGCCAUCUUUAUCCUCUCGUUGUUUUCCGAGGCAUUUGCUUCGGUUCCAGGUGGAUUUUUGAACGUUUUGCCGACCUCCGUGGAUUAGCAUACGGAUAUUGUGCUCCGAGGCUGAGGACACAAGUGGAAGGAACAACCUUGAGAUUUUUCAGGCUGGAUCUUCUCCUGGAGGGCUGCGGUGAAGUCAUCAGAGACGGAGGAGCCUCUUCGUCACCGCUCAUCGGUUUCCUCACGCUGGGACUUACAUUAGUGAAGCUGAUGAAAGGAUGCUGCAGGGUGCUGAAGACGGACUGAGCCCCACCUGAACCCCCUCCCCUCCCGUCCCUUACCUGAGAGCCGCCGCCCCCCCAUCAUGCACCUGCUGUGCCGCGGGCGCCUCAAGCUGCUGGUGGCGUCUCUGACCGCCGUCGUCCUGCUCACCUGGCUCUACCUGCUGGCAGGAAACCUGGAGAACGGUCGCUCCCUCCUCUUGGCGCCCUGCUUGCCCGACACCCCCGCCGCUCAGGUCCUGGAACGAGCCGUCCUGGAGUCGCGGGUCCGAGAGGUCGAGGAGGAGAACCGGCAGAUCAAGCUGCAGCUCAGCCAAUCGCAGGGCACCACCGGCCAGCUUUCUGAGGGCAACUAUGGCAACCAGCCAUGGGGCGCGUCGGCGGACACCGUGCCGGAGGACGGCGACAACACCGCGGAGGAGAAGAACAACCACACAGAUUGCUCCCGGUCGCCUACCGUCCAGAAGUGUGAGCUGAUCCAUGUAGCGUGUGUUUGUGCCGGUCACAACGCCAGCAGAGACGUGGUCACCCUGGUCAAGUCCGUCCUCUUUCACAGGAGGAACCCUCUCCACUUUCACUUCAUCACGGACACGGUGGCCAGUCGGAUCCUGAGCUCCCUCUUCCAGUCCUGGAUGGUCCCGUCUGUUCAAGUCAGCUUCUACGACGCAGAGGAACUCAAGUCCGAAGUGUCCUGGAUCCCCAACAAGCAUUACUCAGGUAUUUACGGCUUGAUGAAGCUGACGCUAACCAAAGCUUUACCGUCCGACCUGGCCAAGGUCAUCGUCCUGGACACGGACAUCACCUUCGCCACCGACAUCGCCGAGCUGUGGGGCAUCUUCAAGAAGUUCACCGAUAAGCAGGUGAUUGGUCUGGUGGAGAACCAGAGCGACUGGUACCUUGGCAACCUGUGGAAGAACCACAGACCCUGGCCGGCGCUGGGCAGAGGCUUCAACACGGGCGUCAUCCUCCUCUACCUGGAACGACUGCGAAGGAUCAGCUGGGAGCAGAUGUGGCGCCUGACGGCAGAGAGGGAGCUCAUGAGCAUGCUCAGUACAUCGCUCGCUGACCAGGACAUCUUCAACGCCUUCAUCAAGCAGAACCCGGUCCUGGUUCACCAGCUGCCCUGCUUCUGGAACGUCCAGCUGUCGGAUCACACCCGCUCAGAGCAGUGCUACACCGAGGUGUCUGACCUCAAGGUGAUCCACUGGAACUCCCCAAAGAAGCUGCGAGUGAAGAACAAACAUGUGGAGUUCUUCAGGAACCUCUACCUGACCUUCCUGGAGUACGACGGCAACCUGCUGCGACGGGAGCUGUUCGGCUGCCCGAGCCAGGCCAGCCCGGACAGCGUGCGGCUGCAGGCGGCGCUAGAGGAGCUGGACGAGGACGACCAGUGCUACGACUUCCGGCGGGAGCGGCUGACGGUGCACCGAGUGCACCUGUACUUCCUGCAGUACGAGUACACGCCCAGCGAGGACGAGACCGACGUCACGCUGGUGGCUCAGCUGUCCAUGGACAGGCUGCAGAUGCUGGAGGCCAUCUGUAAGCACUGGGAGGGCCCCAUCAGCCUGGCGCUCUACAUGUCCGACGCCGAGGCGCAGCAGUUCCUGCGCUACGCCCAGGCCUCGGAGGUCCUCAAGAACCGCAAGAACGUCGGCUACCACAUCGUCUACAAGGAGGGCCAGUUCUACCCGGUGAACCUGGUGAGGAACGUGGCCCUGAAGAACGCCAACACGCCCUACGUGUUCCUGACGGACGUGGACUUCCUGCCGAUGUACGGUCUCUACGACUACCUCCGGAAAUCCAUCGUCCAGCUGGACAUGGCCCACACCAAGAAGGCUCUGGUGGUUCCGGCCUUCGAGACGCUGCGCUACCGCCUCUCCUUCCCCAAAUCCAAAGCCGAGCUCCUCUCCAUGCUGGACAUGGGGACUCUCUACACCUUCAGGUACCACGUGUGGCCGAAGGGUCACUCUCCCACCAACUACGCCAAAUGGCGGACGGCGACCACGCCCUACAAGGUGGAGUGGGAGUCGGACUUCGAGCCGUACGUGGUGGUGAGGCGGGACUGUCCCGAGUACGACCAGCGCUUCGUGGGCUUCGGCUGGAACAAGGUGUCCCACAUCAUGGAGCUGGACGCUCAGGAGUACGACCUGAUGGUUCUGCCCAACGCCUUCAUGAUCCACAUGCCGCACGCUCCCAGCUUCGACAUCUCCAAGUUCCGCUCCAGCUCCAGCUACCGCAACUGUCUGAACACGCUGAAGGACGAGUUCCACCAGGACCUGUCCAGGAAGUACGGCGCCGCCGCCCUCAAGUACCUCACCGCCCAGAGGAACAUCUGAACCCCAGAGAGCCGGGGUCCGCGCCCCGGUUCUGACGCUGGGAGUCGCUUUGCGGCAGAGAGCAGGUCCGGCGGUUCGGUAAAGCUUUAUGGCCUGUCUGAGCGUCCUGGGCGUUUAUUCUCCAGUCCGCUCGGCGAGGAGCAGGCGGCGGGAGCGACGAAGGACGAGGAAGAGGAGGAGGAGGCCGACAGGCGUUGCUUUAAGGGCAGGAGAGAAACGGACCGUGUUGUUUUAAUUUGUUCUGACAAUCAGGGCUUUUUUCAGAAGACGCGCCGGGAACCAUCGGCCCGUCUGCAUGGAGACCCGGACUCAACUGGACCGGUACUUCAGAGGGGAGGGGGGGGGGGGAACCACGUCCAACGUCCAACCGGAGAAUGAUUUAAGCCUUAUCGACUUCAUGACAUUUACAAAGAUAUUUAAUAACACUUUCAUUUUUUUUUUUAUUUUUGGUAUAAAUCUGAACCAAUGAUAGUGAAACAUUUGCAUUUAAAGAAGUUUUGAUUACGGCUUUACACGCGACCACCGUCUCCUUUCUGUCUCUGGACCUGUUGGGGGGGGGGGGGCUCAGAUUCUGCUGUGUGUGCGUCAGGGCGGCGCCGCCCGCUUCGUCCUGCAUGUAAACGGCUGCACUGCAGGUUCUGUUUUCAUGCUUCAGGUUCCACAGCAGCAAAAAGAUGUUUUAACUCAACCGACUGGGACCAACGCGGCUCAAUGACGUCGCUUUUACAGAAAGAUUUUUUUUUUUUUAUGCCGUCUGUGUCCGAGUCACUGGAUCCCCGUGCCGUUCUACUGAGCCGCCGUCCUGCUGAUGUUUGCCGGUCCGGCUGAGAUUAAGCGCCUUCCUGCUGCUGCGUCACACCUGAAGGGACCGACGUUCUGUCAGGCUCCGUUCUGGUCUUUUAGCUCCGUUUGAGCUCGACACCAAGACCCGAAGGAGCCAGAGACGGCAUCCAAACCGACCUUUGUUCAGUCACAGAAAGCUGCGUUCAGUUGAAUCAGACGUUCCUGUUACAUCGGACCCGUCUGACAACAGGAAGUAGGCCAACCGAUCCCAGCUUUAUGAUGAAGCUGCUAAAUAAUCCAGCAAAUACCAGAAUCUCCUCCUCUGAUUGGCUUGAAAAGCUGG